AUGACGCUCGCCUCCCUCGCUCGCGCCCUCGGCCGGUCCGCGCGCUCCUCCCGGCCGCGCCAGGGUUUCCAGCUCGGGGGCCUCCGGCAGCCGCCCGCGCCGCCGCUACCGUCGCCUGUCCACGGCGGUGAGGGCGGGGCGAUAGGAUUUGUCCGCAGUUACCUGACUGCGGCCUCGUCGGCAGCUCUUGGGAAGCCCGCUGCGGGCAAGACUGUGGAUUGGAGAUACAUCCUCGCCAGCCCACAGUUCCGACGCCUCUUCUCGGACGAGUCCAAGAAGAACUACGAGAACUACUACCCGAAGGGUAAGAAGGAGGUGCCGAAAGGAGAUGGAAGUAACAAGUCUGAAUCGAAGCAGGAAUCCAAUACAGAGGAAGGAUGGAAUUUCCAGGAGAACGCUAUGAAACACCUGCAGAAUUUCCUUGCACCUCUAUUGAUUCUUGGCCUGAUGCUAUCAUCCAUGUCAUCUAGCACCGCAGACCAGAAGGAGAUAAGCUUCCAAGAGUUCAAGAACAAGUUACUAGAACCUGGUUUAGUUGAUCGCAUUGUUGUUUCAAAUAAAUCAGUAGCGAAGGUCUACAUCAGGAAUUCACCUCAUCCAAAGAGCCAAGGCCAAAAUAGUGAUACCCAUAUUUCUACCACUGAUGUUCCAGGCAAGCCUGCUCCCAGCAGAUGCAAGUAUUACUUCAAUAUUGGUAGUGUUGAUUCGUUUGAAGAGAAGUUAGAGGAAGCCCAGGAAGCUUUGGGAAUAGAUCCACAUGAUUUUGUCCCAGUAACUUAUGUUGCUGAAGUAAAUUGGUUCCAAGAAGUUAUGAGGUUCGCCCCAACAGCAUUUCUUGUUGGUCUGAUAUAUUUUAUGGGAAAAAGGAUGCAGAGUGGUUUCAAUAUUGGAGGUGGUCCUGGCAAAGGAAGAGGAGGUAUUUUCAACAUUGGAAAAGCUACAGUGACGAAGAUGGACAAGAACUCCAAAAAUAAGAAGUAUGAAGAUUUGGGAGCUAAAAUACCCAAAGGUGCUUUACUUGUAGGCCCUCCUGGGACAGGGAAGACUUUGCUUGCCAAGGCUACAGCAGGAGAGUCUGGUGUGCCAUUUUUGUCUAUUUCUGGUUCAGAUUUCAUGGAAAUGUUUGUUGGUGUUGGACCGUCCAGGGUACGAAACUUGUUCCAAGAAGCUAGGCAGUGUGCUCCUAGUAUUGUAUUCAUUGACGAAAUCGAUGCUAUUGGUCGUGCAAGAGGACGUGGAGGUUUUUCAGGUUCAAAUGAUGAACGUGAGAGUACUUUGAACCAGCUGCUUGUAGAGAUGGAUGGAUUUGGAACAACUGCUGGUGUUGUUGUUCUUGCUGGGACAAAUAGACCUGACAUCCUCGAUAAGGCAUUAUUAAGGCCAGGAAGAUUUGAUCGCCAGAUAACAAUUGACAAGCCAGAUAUAAAGGGUCGUGACCAAAUAUUCCGCAUAUAUCUUAAAAAGCUUAAGCUGGACAACGAACCAUCAUUUUAUUCACAAAGGCUAGCUGCCUUGACACCUGGGUUUGCAGGAGCUGACAUUGCCAAUGUUUGUAAUGAAGCUGCUUUAAUUGCUGCGAGACAUGAGGAAACUCAGAUUACCAUGCAGCAUUUUGAGUCUGCGAUUGAUAGGAUUAUUGGUGGUUUGGAGAAGAAAAAUAGGGUCAUUAGCAAACUGGAGCGUCGUACCGUUGCUUACCAUGAAUCUGGACAUGCCGUUGCUGGAUGGUUCUUGGAGCAUGCAGAGCCUCUUCUGAAAGUUACAAUUGUUCCUCGUGGAACAGCUGCUUUAGGCUUUGCACAGUAUGUCCCAAAUGAAAAUCUUUUGAUGACAAAAGAGCAGCUUUUUGAUAUGACAUGCAUGACAUUAGGUGGCCGAGCUGCAGAGGAGGUUUUGAUUGGCAAAAUCUCAACUGGUGCUCAGAAUGACUUGGAGAAAGUUACCAAAAUGACAUAUGCACAGGUCGCCGUGUAUGGUUUUAGUGAAAAGGUUGGGCUUCUAUCCUUCCCUCAGAGGGAUGAUGGUUUUGAAAUGACCAAGCCUUACAGUAAUCAGACGGCAUCCAUCAUCGAUGAUGAGGUCCGGGAAUGGGUUGGCAUGGCCUAUAAGAAAACAGUUGAAUUGAUAACAGAGCAUAAGGAGCAAGUUGCGCAAAUUGCAGAAUUGCUGCUUGAGAAGGAAGUCCUACACCAGGACGAUCUAACCAGGGUACUAGGAGAACGUCCAUUCAAGGCACUGGAGCCAACCAACUACGACCUGUUUAAGCAAGGUUUCCAGGAUGAUGAUGACAAGAGCCAAGCACCAGCAGAGAACACCGAGUUGCCUGAUGAUUCAUCUCCCCCACUUGGUGAGGUUGUACCCACAUAG